AUGGAGGGCAAAGCAGAAGCAGAUUCUGAAGCAUCGACAGCAGUACAUCCGUCUCUCUUCCCUCUCUUCGCCGCUUCCGAUACCGCUCCCCUGCACGCCUCCACCUCUGCCGCACUUCCUCCUUCGCAAUGGCUACAGAAUGCAAGCUUCACCGCCGACAUCGGCGCCAUAAACGACGCCGUCACUUCCCUCCGUCGGGACCCUAAUUCUGAAGACGAUUCUGCUUCCGAUUCCGAGCGACGGAGGCAGGACAGCUCGAAGCCGUCAGCGGCGAGGUACGAGUUGCUGGAAGAAGAUGAAAGCGACGAGUUUGUGAAAGAGGCGAAAGAAAGUGGUCGCUAUGAUUUAUCAUCCUCUGAUGGCGGUAGGGAGAGAAAGAAGAGGAAUAAGAAGAAGACAAAGGGCAGCAAAAGGAAGCGGAGCGAAAAUCGAUACGGUGAUCAUGCUUCCAGAAAGUCUAACGUUAGGGGUUGGGCGGAUUCCGAUGCUAAACAAGCAAAAGAUUAUUACUUCGAUUCUCAUGGAGAUCGGGAUAAUUUGGCCUAUGGCUCACUUUACAGGAUGGAUGUCCCCCGAUACAAACCUUAUAGUAGUGCAAGCCCUUACGGGUUUAACCUUAAAGGGUUUUACUGGUCUAACAAGAAGGGAUCUACAUUUGAUGGGGAUGCUGAUGUUGAUGUUUUGGAUACUAAACUGAAAUCUGAUGGUCGUUACUGGUCUCCGAAGUACGCAGCUCUUGUACGCCACAAGAAUUUGAAGCGUCUACGUUUCCUUGCACAUGUUCAACCAGAAGUCACAGCCUCAGACGAUUUCAUACCGCUACUAGAUAACCAGAUCCCUCAGGAAGCGGUUGAUCAGGCUGCAUCCUCAAAAGCAUCAGUUAUUGAAGAAUCUUGGGAAGAUGAGGUGCUGCGCAAAACACGGGAGUUUAACAAAUUAACUAGAGAGCAUCCUCAUGAUGAAAAAGUAUGGUUAGACUUUGCUGAGUUCCAGGACAAGGUAGCAAACAUGCAGCCACAGAAAGCUGCUCGUCUGCAGACACUUGAGAAGAAGAUUAGCAUACUGCAAAAGGCGGCUGAGCUCAACCCUGAUAAUGAGGAAUUAUUGCUUUCUCUUCUGAAGGCUUAUCAGAGAAGAGACACUGCUGACGUGCUUGUGGGGAGGUGGGAAAGGGUUCUUAUGCAUCAUUCUGGAAGCUGUAAGUUGUGGAAAGAGUAUUUGAAUGUCAUUCGAGGGGACUUUUCCAGUUUUAAGGUUUCAGAGAUGAGGAAAAUGUACGCCCAUGCGAUUCAAGCUUUAUCUAAUGCAUGCAGCAAGCAGUUUAGGCAGGUUCACCAAAAUGUCAAACCAACUUCUCUCGAUCCUUCCAUUCUUCAGCUGGAACUUGGGCUUGUGGACAUAUUUGUUAGCCUUUGUAGGUUUGAGUGGCAGGCGGGUUAUCAUGAGUUGGCCACGGCUCUAUUUCAAGCAGAAAUUGAAUUUAGUUUGUUUUGCCCAUCAUUGCUUGUUAGUGAACAUGGUAAACUGAGAUUAUUUGAGCAUUUCUGGAAUAGCGACGCUCCAAGAGUCGGAGAAGAGAGGGCUGUUGGCUGGUUGACGUGGUUGGAGAAAGAAGAGGAGAAUAGACAAAGGAUUUUGAAAGAGGAAAUGUCACGUGAAGAGGAGAGCGGUGGUUGGACCGGCUGGUCAGAACCUCGGUCUAAACUCGAGGGAACUGACAAGAACCCAGAAACUACGACAGAUAUUGAAGGGGCUACUGAAGAAAACCACGAAUUAAGUGGAGAUGAAGAUAACAAGCAGGAAGAUGACACUGAAGCACUGUUAAAGCAGCUAGGAAUUGAUACGGAUUCUGGGGCCACAGAUGAGGUUAAAGAUACUUCAACCUGGGCUAGAUGGUCGGAAGAAGAGUCAUUACGUGAUGCAAACCAAUGGUUGCCUGUUCAUGGAAAAUCAGAUCAGCAUGGAAUACCUAGUGGAGAAACUGACGAGCAGUUAUUGAGAAUUAUUCUGUAUGAAGACAUAAACCGGUUCCUGUUCUCAAUUAACUCCCAAGAAGCACUCUUCUCGCUUGUUUCUCAAUUUGUUGAUUUUUUUGGUGGCCGCAUGCCGCAAUGGCUUUGCACUAACAGUUCAAGUUGGGCUGAGCAAAUCCUGAUGGUGGAGUCAUUGCCUGGUUCUAUAUCCGAAGAUCUGAGAGGAGUUUUUGACAUGGUAGUGAAGCCACCGAGUUUAGCAGGUAAUGGUAUGGAGUUCCUGCUCGGAGGUGUUGGUGACAGUUCUAAGAGAACUGAUAUGAUGAAGUUUCUCCGUAAUGCCGUAUUACUUAGUCUAUCUGCUUUUCCACGGAAUCACAAAUUGGAGGAAGCUGCUCUUCUAGCUGAAGAAUUAUCUAGCACUAAAAAUGAUUCUUCUACACCAUGUAGAGCUUUGGCCAAGACCCUUUUGAAAAGUGAUAGACAGGAUGUGUUACUCUGUGGUGUAUAUGCCAAAAGGGAAGCUUCUUUUGGCAAAAUUGAUCAUGCAAGAAGAGUCUUUGACAUGGCAUUGUCAUCAAUUGAAGGACUCCAAGAGGACUUCCACCGUAAUGCUCCUCUUCUAUAUUUCUGGUACGCUGAGAUUGAACUUGCUGAUGCUGCUGGUAAUCACCAAGAACCAUCUCGUGCACUGCACAUUUUAUCAUGCUUAGGAAGUGGGACUAGGUACAGCCCAUUUGAAUGCAAGCCAUCAAGUUUGCAGUUGUUGAGAGCACGCCAAGGGUUUAAAGAAAGGCUGAAAAUGGUGAGAUCUGCAUGGGUUCGUGGUUCAAUAGAUGAUCAGACUGUUGCUGUCACUUGUUCAGCAGCUUUAUUUGAAGAAAUGACAUCCGGUUGGACUGCUGGUGUCGAAGUUCUGGAUGAGGCUUUUACAAUGGUCUUACCAGAAAGAAGAAAUCAAAGUCCACAACUUGAAUUGUUGUUCACAUAUUAUAUGAAGAUGCUGCUCAGACACAAUAAUGAAUUAAGUUUGUCAAGAGUCUGGGGGACUAUCUUGAGGGGGCUGCAAACAUAUCCUUCUAACCCAGAACUCUUCAAGACAUUUGUGGAGAUUGGAAAUCUUUAUACAACACCUAACAAGUUGCGGUUGAUGUUUGAUGAUUACUCUCACAAGAAAUCAGGUAUCAUUGUGUGGCUCUUUGCGCUGUCGUUUGAGAUGGCAAGAGGUGGGUCCCCGCAUAGAAUCCAUGGAUUGUUUGAACGUGCGCUUGGAAAUGAAAGUUUGCAAAACUCGGUCAUACUUUGGCGUAUGUACAUAUCUUACGAAGUGAAUAUAGCAUGCAAUUUUUCUGCGGCUAGGCGAAUCUUCUUCCGUGCUAUUCAUGCCUGUCCAUGGUCCAAAAAGUUGUGGCUGGACGGGUUUCAGAAGCUGAAGUCCAUCCUAACGGUGAAGGAGCUAUCGGAUCUGCAAGAAGUGAUGCGAGACAAGGAACUGAAUCUGAGGACAGAUAUCUAUGAGAUCCUUCUUCUGGAGGAUGAAAUUGCAUGA